AUGAUUUCCAGCAUCCCAGCGCCUCUUGCCGGCCGCGUGGCCAUCGUCACCGGAGGGUCUCGAGGCAUUGGAGCAGCCAUAGCAAUCGACUUUGCACGCAGAGGCUGUUCCCACGUCGCAAUCACCUAUCUAGGUAACAUCGACGCAGCGAAGAAGGUGCUCUCGACCAUCGAAGAGAUUUCAUCCGACAUCAAAACAGCACUGAUUAGAGCCGACGUCACCUCGGAAACCUUUGGCCCGGAUGUCAUCAAAGAAACCCUCAGAUCUCUUGCCGUGGACCACAUCGACAUUGUUGUGUCCAAUGCAGCCUUGUCGGACAUGAAUACCCUGCAGAAUAUGGAGACGCAUACCAAGGAGGCUUUCGAUCGAUUCAUGACCGCCAACAUCUGGAGUCCAUUUCAGCUAUCGCUCGCUGCCAUUCCGCAUAUGCCGCGAGGAGGAAGGAUCAUCUCCAUCUCCAGCGUCGCCAGUAGGCGCCCAAAUUCCGACCCUUUGGUAAUCCUAGGCGCGACGAAGGCAGCAUCGGAUGCAAUCACGAGGGCCCUUGCAGCGAAAUAUCCCCGUGGCACAGGGAUCACCAUCAACAGCGUCGCCGUAGGCCCCACAAACACAGAUGCUUUGCGUAUGGGCAUGGCUGGACUGCCCAAAGAAUGGACGGAAGCGCUGUACGCAAGGGCAACUGCGGAAAGACGCAUCGCUGAGGUAGAUGAUGUGACUGGUGUCGUGAGCUGGUUGGCAGGACCGGACAGCAAAUGGGUGAAUGGCAACUUCGUGCCUUGCAGUGGAGGUAGUAUGCUGGAGUUACAAGGUUGA